AUGGCGUACGCGGCGGGCUCGCCGGCGGUGCCGGACUGGCUGAACAAGGGCGACAACGCGUGGCAGCUGACGGCAGCGACGAUGGUGGGCAUCCAGUCCAUGCCGGGCCUGGUCGUCCUCUACGGCAGCAUCGUGAAGAAGAAGUGGGCCGUCAACUCGGCCUUCAUGGCGCUCUACGCCUACGCCUCCUCGCUGCUGGUGUGGGUGCUGGUGGGGUUCCGCAUGGCGUUCGGCGAGCGGCUGCUGCCCUUCUGGGGCAAGGCCGGCGUGGCGCUGUCGCAGGACUACCUCGUCGGCCGCGCCAAGCUGUCGGCGACGGAGCGCGGGAGCACGCCGCUGGUGGAGCCCUUCUACCCGGAGGCGACGCUGGUGCUGUUCCAGUUCGAGUUCGCGGCCAUCACGCUCAUCCUGCUGGCGGGCUCCGUGCUGGGCCGCAUGAACAUCAAGGCCUGGAUGGCCUUCACGCCGCUCUGGCUCAUGCUCUCCUACACCGUCGGCGCCUUCAGCCUCUGGGGCGGCGGCUUCCUCUACCACUGGGGCGUCAUCGACUACUCCGGCGGCUACGUCAUCCACCUCUCCUCCGGCAUCGCCGGCUUCACCGCCGCCUACUGGGUGGGACCGAGGCUGAAGAGCGACCGGGAGCGGUUCUCCCCGAACAACAUCCUGCUCAUGAUCGCCGGCGGCGGGCUGCUGUGGAUGGGGUGGGCCGGGUUCAACGGCGGCGCGCCCUACGCCGCCAACAUCACGGCGUCCAUCGCCGUGCUCAACACCAACGUCAGCGCGGCGACGAGCCUCCUCACCUGGACCUGCCUCGACGUCAUCUUCUUCGGCAAGCCGUCCGUCAUCGGCGCCGUCCAGGGCAUGAUGACCGGCCUCGUCUGCAUCACCCCCGGCGCAGGGCUGGUGCAGACGUGGGCGGCCGUGGUGAUGGGCAUCUUCGCGGGCAGCGUGCCGUGGUUCACCAUGAUGAUCCUGCACAAGAAGUCGGCGCUGCUGAUGAAGGUGGACGACACGCUGGCCGUCUUCCACACGCACGCCGUGGCGGGGCUCCUCGGCGGGGUCCUCACGGGGCUCCUGGCCACGCCGGAGCUGAUGAUGAUGGAGUCGUCGGUGCCGGGGCCCAAGGGCGCCUUCUACGGCGGCGGCAUCAAGCAGCUCAUGAUCGGCGACGACGCCGCGCACGGGGAGGAGGCCUACGCGCUGUGGGGCGACGGCGAGAAGUUCGACGCCACGCGGCACGACGUGUCCAGGGGCGCCGGCGGCGAGAGGGAGAUGGGCACCGCGGAGCAGCGGCUCGCCGGCAUGGGAGCCAGGGGCGUCACCAUCCAGUUGUAG